AUGGCCCAAACCACUGUCAGACUGUCUUCCGACGUUGUGGUUUUGAAGACAGGUCAUGGCCUGAUGAUGAUGACUUGGAAGCCCACUCCUGUUUCUGAUGGGGAGGCUUUCGAAGCUAUCAAAGCAGGCCUUGAUAGUCUUCCCUCUGGUGUCAAGAUGCUGAUCAACAGUGGCGAAUUUUAUGGCAUCGAUCCACCAACUGCAAACUUGGAGCUGAUCGCAAGAUUUUUUGAAAAAUACCCAACUUACACGGACAAGGUUUUCCUCUCUGUCAAGGGGGCGAGCAAGAUUCCCGAAGUCGGGAUAGAUUGCUCCCCGGAGAACUUGGAACGUAGCGUCAAUCGCAUCCUCGAUAAACUCCGUGGAACCAAGAAGCUCGACUUGUUCGAGUGUGCCCGCGUUGACCCGAAUUAUGCUAUUGAAGACACUAUCAAAGUUCUCUCUAGCUUUAUCACAAAGGGUAAAUUCGACUACAUCGGGUUAUCAGAAUGUCGCGCGGAGACUGUCCAACGGGCUAGCGCCAUCGCUCCUAUAAGUGCUGUUGAGAUAGAAGUCAGCCCUUGGUCUUACACCCAAGAGACUAUCGAUGUCAUCGCUAUGUGUAAAGGACUGUCAAUCUGCAGUCCACUUGGCAGAGGUUUUCUCACGGGCAAGAUCAGGAGGCCUGAUGAUUUCGAAGGUGCGCUCCGUAGCAGACAAGAAGAGCAUAACGACUGCACAAUUAUCCCUUGCGUGGGUCGCAUCUCUCGGGCCUCAUGUUAUCCCUCUUCCCGCAAUAAGAAGCGCACUCUCGAGAACCUAAAAGGAGGCGAUAUCAAACUGUCGGCUGAAGACCUGGAAGAAAACAUGAAGCAUAACUUCGCAAUUGUUGAUGGAUUGAAAGCCAUCGCAGACAAGAAAGGUAUAACGACCGCGCAACUACGCAUUACCUGGGUCUCAUCUCUUGGGCCUCACGUUUUCCCUCUUCCUGGAUCUUCCAAGAAAUGCACUCUCGAAAACCUGAACGGAGGCGACAUCGAGCUGUCGUCUGUUGAACUAAGAGAAAUCAAUCAAGUCCUUGAAACGCAUACGGUCAAGGGAGGACGCUACGUCGAUGAGAUUGGGGACGACAAACUGCUCCUCCGGAGAUAG